AUGCUCCGCGGAGAAAAAGAACUUCGUUUCGACUAUGACUUCGCCGUCAUCGGCGGCGGAAGUGGCGGACUGGCGGCCGCCAAGCGCGCAGCCUCGUUUGGCGCAUCCACCGUCUGCUUCGACUUCGUCGAUCCGUCGCCGCAGGGCACCAAAUGGGGUUUAGGCGGGACGUGCGUAAAUGUAGGUUGCAUUCCGAAGAAGCUGUUUCACUUUUCCGCGCGAAUUGCCUUGCUGAACCACAAAGCCGCGCGCAGCUCGGGCUGGCGCCUGCCUGAAGAGCUCGAGUUCGAAUGGCCUGUGCUACAAAAAAACGUAGGGACGUACAUAAAACGGCUGAACUUCUUGUACCGUUCGGGGCUCGCCAAGUCGAACGUGCGCUACAUCAACGCGAAAGCCAGUUUCGUAGACGCGCACACACUGGAGUACGCGCAGGACGGGAAGCGCAACGAACUCACCGCGCGCUUCAUUCUGAUUGCGGUCGGAGGCCGGCCGUACAUUCCGCCGAACGUAAAGGGCGCUCUGCAGCACGCGAUCUCCAGCGACGACUUGUUCUGGCUCAAGCAGAGCCCUGGCAAAACUCUCGUGGUCGGCGCCUCCUACAUCGCUUUAGAGUGCGCCGGGUUUUUGCUCGAGUUCGGCUUUGACGUUACCGUGUGCGUGCGCUCCAUCGUGCUGCGUGGCUUUGACCGGCAGUGCAGCGAGAAAGUUCAGUCGAUCAUGCAGCAACUGGGCUGCAAGUUCAUUCAUCAGAACCUGCCGACCGAGAUCAGCAAGCUGCCGGACGGCAGACUGCAAGUCACUUUCGUAGACCAAACUUCCGCAACCUACGACACCGUGCUCUACGCUACCGGCCGCGUCGGCCAACUGGAGAGCCUGGGCGUGAAGAACGCGCAGAUCAAGGUCGCAGACGCGGAACGUGGAAAAAUCUGGGUUGACAACCGAGACUGCACCUCUGCGCCGAGUGUCUUUGCGAUCGGGGACAUUGCAUAUCAGCGUCCCGAGCUGACGCCGACUGCCAUCCGCGCGGGCGAAUUGCUGGCCGACCGGCUGUUCGGCGGGAAGAAAGAACUUAUGAACUACGAAACUGUCCCGACGGUCGUGUUCACACCCUUCGAGUACGGCUGCUGCGGGCUGACGGAAGAAAGCGCCAUAGCCAAGUAUGGAAAAGAGGAAGUGGAAGUCUAUCUAUCGGACUGCGCCCCGACGGCAAACGACGCGGACGACGACGACUUCGGCACUACCAACUUGAGCAAGCUGGUGGUCGCGAAGUCGAGCGGAAAGGUGCUCGGCUUUCACUGCGUGGGCCUCAACGCUGGCGAAACGCUGCAAGGCUACGCGCUGGCAGUGAAAAUGGGAGCGACCAAGGAACAAUUCGACGCGACCGUGUGCAUCCACCCCACAGACGCCGAAAGCUUCCACACGCUCCACUGCACCAAGUCUUCCGGCGCUUCCUGGGUAGCCUCCUCGGGAUGCGGCGGCGGCAAGUGUGGCUAG